GAUGAAAUGGUCAAAGUUAAGAAUUCAUAUUGUUUGAGUACUAUUGCUCGAGUAUUUUAUACUUCACUGGCCGAUAUAGUACAACAGAAUACACAUACCGGUAGAAUAAAAAAUCAAUCUAACAUGCUUGGCAAAACAACACUAAAAAUGGCUACAAUACCUUUAUGUCGUUGAACCAUUAGUGACAGAUUAUGCUUUUUAAUCCUCUUUCUGUUCUUCAAAUUUCGAAAACCCCGGCCAACAGGCGGGCCCAAUGCUAGUUUUUUUUUUGGUAAGAAGAUGGAUGCAGAGCAUCCAGAAUCAGAUUAAAAUAUCGCGCUCUUGGGAAGUUUCCCUAGCGUCAUAGGUCAGCCAAUACAGGAGUUUGGGGUCACACGUAUCAAGUUGAUGCGUGCCAAAAUGGAGAUCAUGCCCCAUGCUAGCUAAGAAAUCAGCAGCAGAGUUACACUCCCUAUAAACAUGAUUAAUAUUAGAUUCUUUUAUAUUAUUCAAACCUAUUAAAAUGCUAUUAAUUAGUCAAAUCUUUGUUAUGCAUCAAUAUAUUAGCAUUUUUUACGUUAUCGUUAAUAAUUUUAUAACUUUUUUCUUAGUUGAAAUAUUAAAAUUUUAAAAUAUAACCUUCAUAUGUCUUUUUUAAAUUAGUAUUAUUUUGUCAAAUCAAUAUUACUAAUAAAAUUGCUAAUUAAAAGUCUAUCCGUACCGAUUCACUUGGACAUAUCAGCGUGAUCCUUUGGACAUAUAAGCGUGAUCCGUCAGCUCUCAGCUGUAAUUGAACACCAACCCUUGGGCUUAGGGUGGCUGAGUCAAUACCUUGUAAAAUCAUACCCAGGCCCAAUUCAGGCCCGAGGCCGAGCUACGUGAGUGCAAACAUCCACGAACAUCCCGAAGCCCAGUUCCAGAAACCGCGUGAAAAAGAGCAGGUGGGGCCCGGCGGAAGCACCGCAGAGCAUGGUUGUCAUGCCGGUGCAUGCCAUCCGGUUGAACCUGGUUCAACCUGUGCCGGUCAUGAAACCGGCAUGACACCACUGGUAUGACUGGUAUGAUCGACUUACGCAUUUUUAAUGAACUUAAUUAAUAAAAAAAUUAAUUUAUUAUUCAUUUUAUGAAUGUAAUAGCUAAAAGUUGAUGAUAUUUGUUGGAUUGUAACUAAAUUGUCCACAAAUAUGUUUUAUAUAUGAUUAAAUACAUUACAUAUUAAUUGUUUUCACAUUUUUUUGAACCGGCACGAACUGGUUAUACCACCGGUCGUACCAUUCCACUUGCCAAACCGACACAACGGUAUAAACCGGUUUGACAACCUUGCCGCAGAGGAAGAGUUUUUUUUUUUUUUUUUGGUUGAAAUAAACCGCAGAGGAAGAGUUCAAAGAAGAGAAGACAGAGAACAGAGACGAUCGUCGUCGUCCGUCCACCCAGAACUCCACCAACUUGCCAAUGUCUACUUAGUGAUCUCAGACAAAAUUAGAAAACCCCUCUCGACAAAACUCCCCCGAAUCUCGAAUUCACCGCCGUAUCUUCUCCCCCCUCCCAAGUCCCAAUUUUUAAUCCUCAAUCGAUCUUGUAACCUAAUGGAUUCUUCUUCUUCCAGCCAGCUUCCGUUCCCCCCAAUCCUUUCCUUCCGGAUACAACAACGCCAUGUCGUCUCCCGGUGGAAUCAACGGCAACAACAACAACGAUGACUUCAACACCAAGAUCGCGAUCCUCCUCGUCGGCGUCGGAUCCGCCGCCCUCGUCGUCACAAUCUACCACUGCAUCGCCGUGGGAUGGUGCAACCGCAACAAUUGGGGCCGGGUCGGCGGCGGGGGGCUGGGGAACCAGCAGGGGGCGGGGGGACGGAGGCAGCAGCAGACGCGGCGGUUCAUGGCGGAGGUGCUGGAAGGGCACAGCAGCAUCGAGAGCUCGACGGCGGAGCUGAUCCCGGCGUACAAGUUCUACAAAGGGAUGGGGCUGAUGAAGGAGGACGGCGGCACGUGCGCGAUCUGCCUGUGCGAGUUCGAGGAAGGGGAGGAGUUGAAGACGCUGCCGGAGUGCGUGCAUUCGUUCCACGUCGGGUGUAUCGACAUGUGGCUGUAUUCGCACUCCAAUUGCCCGAUGUGCCGGACCGACGCCGCGCCGUCGCCUCUGGUGUCGAUUCAGGGCGGCGGCGACGUGGUGGGGGACGAGGAGCGGAAUUUGGGGGUUACGUUGGAGGGUAUUAUUGUACAUUCCGCGCCGAGCCAGUGAAGUUUUGAAUUUUUAUCUCUGUGAUUCGAUUUUCCAAUUGAAUUUGACGAAUUACAGUGGUUUGGUAAGCAUCUUCAAUGGAAUUGCAUUAUGCAUAACAUUGAUUUGCAAUUAACAUUGAUUUGCAAUUGCAUUAUGCAAUUGUAUUGAUGUAGAUGACAAUUACAUCUUUGCAAGCUUGCAUAUAAGAGCAUCCACAUUGGUAUUGCAUUCUCAAUUGUAAAAUGACAUGACAUAGGUGUUUGCAAUUGCAAAACCAAUUGCAUUGAUGUGGCUACCAAUUGCAUAUUUGCAAGCUCGCAACAAAUGCAAUAUCAUAUGCAAGUAAAAAAAGCCUACAAAAAUAGGGAUUUUUAUUUUAUAUUAUUUUCUUUUCUAUUUUACUUAAUUUUUUAUAAUUUAAAAAUAAUAUUUAAUUAUAUUUGCAAUUUCGAGUUAAUUGCAUUGAUGUAGGUGAAUGAAAUGAAUGUGAUGUGGAUUGCAAAAAAUUUGAGUUGACAAUAAAAUACACAAAUACAAUUUCUUUUGCAAUUGCAUUGAUGGAGAUGCUCUAAUGCAAUUAUGAAGUGCAAGCCACAUCAUCUUUUUUAUUAUUAAAUUAUUCAUUAAUUUUAUUAUUUGAGUGUUUAUGUUUUAAUAAAUUAAAUUAAAAAAUUAGUUGCAAUUGUAAGUUAAUUGCAUUGAUGUGGUGCAAUGCAAGUAAGAUGAGUUGGAUUGCAAAAAAAUGAAAUAACCAUAAAAAAACAAAUACAAUUGCAAAUACAAUUGCACCAAUGGAGAUGCUCUCAGUGCCAUUAUACCAAAAUCCCUUAAUCCAUGUUUAACUGUGGUCUCCAAUAAGCCCCGAUGCGGCCAAGUCACCUAAGUUGCUUGUUUAAGGCGGCAUUCAAGUUGGUUUUGAUGCAUUCCGACGACAGUUUGAUUUUCACAGCGAAGGGAUUGUUUGAUGUUUGCUAUUCGCAACAAUUUAUUUUGUUUAAGAGAGAGAGUGUUCACCGUUGUAAAAAUACAAAGAGAUGUUCGAUUUCGUUAAAAAGUUUAACAAAGUCAUUUAAGAAUAUAAUUAGACUAACAUUUUGGCUGACUUGGCAGAACUGAAUGAAAAAUAUUGUGAGGUGGAAUUAACUAAAUUCAAUUGCAAAGCCAUGACUAUUGACUUUGUAACAAUAAUAGUCAAUUGUUGAGAAAUACACAGAAUGUCUAGAUAGCAGUAGAGGAAGUCCUGAUUGGAGCCACCAGUCAAAUACGGAUGGGCAGAGAUGAAAAGGAGUUGAGGCGGGCGAUUGAAGGAAUGAGAAUGGGAAGGAGCUGGGGAGAAUUGGAGGCGAAUGACCCCUUCCGUUCUAUUUUAUUUAUCUAUGUUAGUUAAUUUAUCCUGCUAAUAUUUUUAAUAAAUGUAGCCAAGUCAGCAAAAAAAUAAGUCAAAUUAGCAUCUAAAUUCUAAAGUGACUCCGUUAAAGUUUAAGACGAAAUUAAGCAUUUUGUCUCUCUCGGAAAUUGGCUAUUAUUGUCCCCAAAUUGAUAGUUUAUGGCUAUACAUGUGUAUUUUAUCAUUAAAGUGUGAUGUGCCAUCAACGUGGCAUAACACGUCGAGUUGCCUUUGACGUGUGCGUCCAGGUGACAUACUCGUCAGCGUAUUGUUAAUGUUGAAAAUUGACGAAAUCUCUAACGUUGUUAAAAUUUUUUUAACAAAAAUGACUAAAUUUGUCAAAAAUCUUUCCAAAAUCUGGACUUGGUAUAUAUUUCUAAUAAAUUAGUUAUUAUUAUGAUAAAUUCAAUAAUUAUGG